CAAGACAAGUCUUGGAAUCUUGGUCGAUACCAUCUAGGUCUAGCUAGCUAGUCACUCUCUCUAUGGCUUCCCUAGCAUUCUCAGCCACCAGGACCAACGUUCUGCCGCCGUUUUCCGAUUGGCUGAGGAAUGCCAGAGAUGAUGCUAUCUUCGGGAAGUCCUUUUUGUCUCAAAAACACAGGUCCCGGGACCUAACCAUCCCUGGCGUCGCCAGCAAAUUGCCGGCAGUCUCUGUUCCGCCACCCCGGAAAGAAACUGACGCCGGUGGCCGGAGGCUGAGAGCGUGGACAAGCGUCCGGCAGGAGAGAUGGGAGGGGGAGCUCGCCGUCCAAGGCGAAAUCCCUCUCUGGCUGAAUGGAACAUAUCUAAGGAAUGGCCCGGGACUGUGGCACCUCGGUGACUACAACUUCCGGCACCUCUUCGACGGCUACGCCACCCUGGUCAGGCUUCACUUCGCCGGCGGCAGGCUAGUAAUGGGUCACCGGCAAAUCGAGUCCGAGGCCUAUAAGGCGGCCAAGAGGAACAACAAGCUCUGCUACCGCGAGUUCUCCGAGGUACCCAAGCCGGACAGCUUCCUGUCCUACAUCGGAGACCUGGCCAACCUAUUUUCCGGGGCAUCGUUAACCGAUAACGCCAACACUGGCGUCGUGAAGCUAGGGGACGGCAGGGUGGUUUGCCUGACGGAGACCAUCAAAGGGUCAAUAGUGAUUGAUCCAAACACGUUGGAAACGAUAGGGAAGUUUGAGUAUAGUGACAAUUUGGGAGGCCUGAUUCACUCUGCCCAUCCGAUCGUCACUGAUACCGAGUUUUUGACGCUGUUGCCGGACUUGGUGAAGCCCGGGUACUUGGUGGUGAGGAUGGAACCCGGGACGAACGAGAGGAAGGUGAUCGGGAGGGUGAAUUGUAGAGGGGGACCGGCGCCAGGGUGGGUGCAUUCUUUUCCUGUGACGGAACACUACGUAGUGGUGCCGGAGAUGCCAUUGAGGUACUGUGCCCAAAACUUGCUCAAGGCUGAGCCCACACCACUUUACAAGUUUGAGUGGCACCCUAAGAACAAAGGGUUCGUGCAUGUUAUGUGCAAGGCCAGUGGCAAUAUUGUGGCGACUGUGGAAGUUCCUCUGUACGUGACCUUCCAUUUCAUCAAUGCAUACGAGGAGCAAGACGAAGACGGGAGAGUGACGGCCAUCGUCGCCGACUGCUGCGAGCACAACGCCGACACGACCAUCCUCGACAAACUCAGGCUGCAGAAUCUCCGGUCAUUCUUUGGCCAAGAUGUCUUGCCAGAUGCAAGGGUUGGCCGAUUCGUAAUACCCUUGGAUGGGAGUCCAUACGGGAAGCUGGAGGCAGCAUUAGAUCCAGACGAACAUGGGAGGGGAAUGGACAUGUGUAGCAUCAACCCCGCCUAUUUGGGCAAGAAAUAUAGAUAUGCCUAUGCUUGUGGUGCCCAUCGCCCUUGCAAUUUCCCCAACACCCUAACAAAGCUUGAUUUAUUCGAGAAGAAGGCAAAGAACUGGUACGACGAGGGUUCCGUGCCCUCGGAGCCACUCUUCGUGCCCAGACCAGGCGCAACAGAGGAAGACGACGGGGUUGUGAUCUCGAUGAUUAGUGACAAGAAUGGAGAAGGAUAUGCUUUGUUAUUAGAUGGAUCGACAUUUGAAGAAAUAGCUAGAGCCGAGUUCCCUUAUGGCCUUCCAUAUGGGCUGCAUGGUUGCUGGGUUCCAAGCAAUUAACUAAGAACAUAUAUAUAUAUAUCUGUAUAUAUAUAUGUAUCUUAUAUAUAUUAUCAUCGUGAAGGGCAGGCUAGCUAGGUAUAUUGAGUUGUUGCUAAAGCUGGCUAUUAUUGCACCAGAAUUUUCCAUUAAUUAGCUGGGGGUGUGUUACUGUUAAUUCAAUCAUUGUGUUUGUUGUAUAAUAUUUAAA